AUGUCUUCGCUCGGCGGCCUUGGGAGAGUGGUAGAGAGCCGGGGCUGCGUGCAACCCGCCGCACAGGGGCCGUGAAGCGGUCGAUUAGGGAGCGCGAUGUGCCGGCCAGCGCUAACCAGGCUGCUGCUUUUCCAUCUGCUCCUGAUCAAGCUGCACAUCGCCAAAGGCUCCGCGAAGGAGUGCGAAGAUGACCAGUUUCAGUGCAGGAACGAGCGCUGCAUCCCUUCCAUUUGGAAAUGCGACGAGGAUGAUGAUUGUUCGGAUAACAGCGACGAGGCGGAUUGCCCCAAGAAAACCUGUGCAGAAACUGAUUUUACCUGCAACAAUGGUCACUGUAUUCCAUCUCGAUGGAAGUGUGAUGGUGAAGAAGAAUGUCCUGAUGGAUCGGAUGAAUCUGAAGCGACUUGCACCAGACAACUAUGUCCAGCUGAAAAAAUUAGCUGUGGAGACUCCAGCAACAAAUGCAUCCCUUCUUCGUGGAGAUGUGAUGGAGAGAGAGACUGCGAAAAUGGAAUUGAUGAGGCUGGCUGCAGUAAUGUCUGUUCGUCAAGUGAAUUCCAGUGCAGUAACAAGACCUGCAUAGCCACAAUCUUCGUGUGUGAUGGCGAUGAUGACUGUGGCGAUGGGAGUGAUGAAAAGAAGUGUUCGCCUCUCACCUGCAAUCCCAGUGAGUUCCAGUGCAACAACAGCCAAUGCAUCCCAGAGCCCUGGGUUUGUGACAGCCAGUCUGACUGUGAGGAUCAUUCGGAUGAAUCAGUGGAGAAGUGUGGCUAUAAAAUCAAGCCCCAACUGAGUACCUGUGCAGCUCAUGAGUUCCGGUGUGGCAAUGGGGAAUGCAUCCACCUCAACUGGAAGUGUGAUGGAGAUGAGGACUGCAAAGACAAAUCAGAUGAGCAAGAUUGUCCACUGGUAACCUGUAGCCCUGAUGAAUUCCAGUGCGGUGAUGGGACCUGCAUACAUGGAGCAAAACAGUGCAAUAAAGUCCAUGACUGCCCUGACAACAGCGAUGAAGCAGGCUGCAUUAAUGAAGCAACAUGCAAGAGUCCCAACAAGUUUCAGUGUAAGAGUGGAGAGUGCAUAGAGGAAAUCAAGGUGUGCGAUUCACAAAGGGACUGCAGGGACUGGUCUGAUGAACCUCUAAAAGCAUGUGGUGUGAAUGAAUGUGCACUCAACAAUGGUGGUUGUUCUCACAUAUGCAAAGACUUGAAGAUUGGCUAUGAAUGUGAAUGUCCUCCUGGAUACAAGCUCCUGGACAAGAAAACAUGUGGAGACAUCGAUGAAUGUGAGAAUCCUGAUGCCUGUAGCCAGAUCUGCAUUAACUACAAAGGAGAUUAUAAAUGCGAAUGCUACGAGGGUUACGAGAUGGACACCUUGUCCAAAAACUGCAAAGCUGUAGGGAAGAGCCCAUACUUGGUUUUCACAAACCGUCAUGAAGUACGCAAGAUCGACUUGGUGAAAAGGGACUACUCCCGUGUCAUCCCUAUGCUGAAGAACGUUGUCGCUUUGGAUGUGGAGGUGGCAACAAAUAGAAUAUACUGGUGUGAUUUAUUCUAUAGGAAGAUCUACAGUGCCUACAUAGACAAAGCCAGCGACACAGCAGAGCAGGUGGUUCUAAUAGACAGCCAACUGAAUUCUCCUGAAGGCCUGGCAAUAGAUUGGAUUCACAAGAACAUCUACUGGACAGAUUCAGGAAACAAGACCAUUUCUGUAGCCACGGCUGAUGGCAGUAAGAGAAGGACACUUUUCAAUACUAAUUUAAAUGAGCCCAGAGCCAUUGCAGUGGAUCCAACACAGGGAUUUAUAUAUUGGUCUGACUGGGGUGACAUAGCAAAAAUUGAAAAAUCUGGCUUGAAUGGUGUGGAUCGGCAAGUGCUUGUAAUAGAAAACAUUGAAUGGCCCAAUGGCAUCACCCUCGAUUUGUUGAAUGAACGUCUCUACUGGGUAGACUCCAAGUUGCACUUACUUUCAAGUGUAGAUUUCAGUGGUGGCAACAGGAAAGUUCUCAUCUCUUCCACAGAUUACUUGAGCCAUCCAUUUGGAUUAGCAGUAUUUGAGGACAGGGUAUUCUGGACUGACCUGGAGAAUGAGGCAAUUUUCAGUGCCAACCGGCUGAACGGGCUGGACAUCUCUAUUUUAGCAGAGAAUCUCAAUAACCCGCAUGAUAUUGUAGUGUUUCAUGACCUGAAGCAGCCGAAAGCUCCAGACUCUUGUGAGCUCAGUUCUCUUCCAAAUGGAGGCUGUGAAUACCUUUGUCUUCCAGCACCUCAGAUCUCUCCACAUUCCCCAAAGUAUACAUGUGCCUGUCCUGACAAUAUGUGGUUGGGUCCUGACAUGAAAAAGUGCUACAAAGAGCUUCCAACUACCUCAGCUACUGUGCCAGUUUCUACUCCAACUCACUUCCCCACAGUUACCAAUUUUACAACUGCUUUUAUGAGUACCACCACUACCACCAUUGCUACAAUCAGCAACACCAGUAACGUGAGCACAGAAAGCCAAGAAACUACAUCACGCAUCUUCCUCGGCACUACUAGUUUUCAUUCACCUACAGCCACAGCCAGCCUGACAAAGCCUAAGAUGACAACACCAGGAAACAGCAAUCUUUCCCAGCACUAUGCUAAUGAUGGACAAGGUUUUGGAUCAACAGUUAUAGCUGCCAUUAUUGGAGUUGUUGUUCCUGUUGUGGUGAUUGGCUUGUUGUGCACGGGAGGGUACCUCAUCUGGAGAAACUGGAAACGGAAAAACACAAAGAGUAUGAACUUUGAUAACCCUGUGUACAGGAAAACUACAGAAGAGGAAGAUGAAGAUGAAAUCCAUAUUGGAAGAACAGCACAGAUUGGACAUGUGUACCCAGCACGUGUAGCAUUAAGUCUUGAAGAUGAUGGAUUGCCAUGA